CCGAGUCCAUACCACACUGGUAUGCACAUGUUUGCGUUCGACUGAACCCAACGUUUGCCCUGCACCUGCCCCUGCCCCUGCCAUUGCCAUUCACCAUCGUCAUUUGCCAGGAUUUGCCAAUCCUCUACCCAACCAAAAUCGAUCGGACAACCAAUCCUUAUUUCCAGGAAACCGAUCAAAGUCCCGAGAAAACUGAAUUUUGGGCGCCAGCCAAGUGCUCAUCAGAAAACUUAUCAUUGAUCGGAUUGUUGAUUCCCAUCUUCUGAUCUAUAUUAUUUGAUUUUGAGGAACAAUCACCCUGGUUGUGACUGUACCUGUUGAAUCAUGAAUGGGUAGCUCACGCGUUAGCUAUGAGCUUGCGAGUAAAGACCAGUAGAUCGUAGAGACUAAAAGCUAAGAAGCAGUAAUGGUAGCAUAGGAACGCUCUGGUGUUCCUCUCUUGCCACAUGGCUCAAAAGAAUUUGUAUAUCACAGUUCUCCUGCUCUUUGUUUCAUCCAAGGUCUUAGGGCAUGAAUCCCUAGACUCAGUGCAGUACCCUUUGGUCGUGAGCACCUGGCCCUUCUUAGAGGCAGUUAGAGCCGCUUGGAGGGCUGUCGACAGUGGGUUCUCUGCCGUUGAUGCCGUAGUGGAAGGUUGUUCUGCCUGUGAAAAUCUGAGAUGUGAUGGUACAGUUGGGCCUGGUGGGAGUCCAGAUGAAAAUGGUGAAACAACAAUUGAUGCUCUGGUCAUGGAUGGGACAACAAUGGAGGUUGGAGCUGUUGCUGCAAUGAGAUAUGUGAAAGAUGGCAUUAGGGCUGCAAAAUUAGUGAUGCAACAUACUCAGCACACUCUGCUUGUUGGAGAGAAGGCCUCAGACUUUGCCAUUUCUAUGGGUCUUCCGGGGCCCACAAACCUUAGUUCACCGGAUUCUGUGGAGAAAUGGAAUAAGUGGAAAAUGAAUGGCUGCCAACCAAAUUUCUGGAAGAAUGUUGUGCCUGUAAAUAGCUGUGGCCCUUACCAACCAAAGGAUGUUUCUUCUGUGGUGGAACUCGCUAAGGGAACAUGUUCGAUGAGAAAUCAUUUGGAAGCUCCUCCAUCAAACUCACAUCAUACAAGUCUACAUAACCAUGAUACAAUCUCCAUGGCAACAAUAGAUAAGACUGGUCACAUUGCUGUUGGUACAUCAACUAAUGGAGCAACUUUCAAGAUCCCUGGCAG